UCCAGUAUUAGCUGCACAUGGCUGGCGGGGAUGGUGGUGUGUCUGGCUGUGGGUGUAAAGGGAUUCGAUCCUGCCUGCUGUGUGAGGCCGCAGACCGGGAGCUGCUCAAGGAGCCACCCCAGAUAAAGUCCUUUACCUACAUCCCAAAAAAAGGCAUAGCUCUUGGAGUGGAAAACACUGACUCGGCUGGCUGGUGGUUCUCGUUCCCAGGAGUGUGUUUAAUAGAAGAUUUUGUAACAGAAGAUGAGGAGACAGAGAUGGUACACACCAUGGACCUGGAUGAGUGGAGACUUUCACAGUCUGGUCGCAGAAAACAAGAUUUUGGUCCAAAGGUGAACUUUAAGAAACAGAAGGUAAAGUUUGGCAGUUUCACUGGUCUUCCUGACUUCAGCAAAGUCCUAUGGGAACGCAUGAAGACGCACGCUGUGCUAGAAGGGUUUCUGCCUGUAGAACAGUGCAAUCUAGAUUAUAACUCUGACAGAGGAUCUGCUAUUGACUCUCACUAUGACGACUCUUGGCUGUGGGGUGAAAGACUGGUUAGUCUGAAUCUUCUUUCAGAUACAGUGCUUACUAUGAGCAACUCUUCCACAGAUCUACUGCAGCUCUUCUCUUCUGCAAACCUAAGUGGUGAGCCAACUGAAAGCAGUCAUCUGAAUAAUGCACAGUGUGGCCUUCAGGACUCUGCACAACAUAGUGGACCACAGACUGCUCUUCAGGACUCUGCACCACAUAGUGGACCACAGACUGCUCUUCAGGACUCUGCACCACAUAGUGGACCACAGACUGCUCUAGUUCCUUGCUCUGAAGUGGAAGUAGCCAUAUGUUUACCAAGAAGAUCCCUGGUAGUUUUAUACGGAAAGGCACGGUAUAGUUGGAAACAUGCUAUUCACAGACAACACAUCAAGCAGCGGAGAAUUUGCAGCACUUUUCGAGAAUUAUCAGCAGAGUUCAUGCGUGGCGGUACUCAGGAGAAGCUGGGACAGACGCUGCUGGAGAUCGCCCUUGGUUUCCAGGGAAAAUCUGUUUAAAGAAAAUUGACAUUGGAAGUCAAAUUUUUCAUUACCUAUUUUAAGUUAUUAUAUAUAUUAUUUUAAUUCAGAAGAGAGUUUUAUAUCAGAUUGUUUUAGAAUUAUUGAUACCCUAUUAAUAAAAACAGAUGUAAUUUGCUA